CUUUUGCACCCAACACUCGAGCAAAUACAUUUGUAAUAUCCUCCAAUUCACUACUUCCUCAUACUUUCCUCAUUUGUUUCAUCUUCUCUAAUUUUCUUUGUUAAGAAUGGAAAUGGUUGGAAAGAUUGCAUGUUUUGUGGUUUUGUGCAUGGUGGUGGUUGCACCUCAUGCAGAGGCAAUGACUUGCGGCCAGGUUCAAUCUGGCUUGGCACCCUGCCUCCCUUAUCUGCAGGGUCGCGGCCCUCUAGGAGGCUGUUGUGGCGGAGUUAAAGGUCUGUUGGGUGCAGCCAAGACCCCAGCGGACCGCAAGACAGCGUGCACUUGCCUGAAAUCAGCUGCUAAUGCUAUUAAGGGCAUUGAUGCUGGCAAAGCUGCUGGUCUCCCUGGUGCUUGCGGCGUUAACAUUCCUUACAAGAUCAGUCCCUCCACUGACUGCUCCAAGGUCCAGUAAGGUUGAUGAAAGAUCAUUUUCACUGAACAAUCUGAAAGUAGCUAGCGCAUCAUGAGGAGAUGAAUAAAAUGGAUCGAGUUUGGUCCUGCUUAUGGAUCUAUUUUUCUUUUGUGUCUUUUGGAGUCAUAGUCAGAGUCUUGUAAUGAAGCUUCGGCAGUUGGUUGUAUUACAAUCCGAUCUUUCAUAAUACAUAUUACUAUCCUCUUUAUUUUAAUGUCUA